AUGCGAUUUCCAAGAAGUUCUGAAGAAGACGUUCUCAAGGCUUUGUGGCAUGCGGAAACAGAACGAUUAAUAAGAAUUGCUAAGAAUCCGGACACUCCACUUGGAUUUUCGAGUCAUGAGUUCUUCCAAGGAGAUACCGAACAGGGCUAUCGAGACAUAUCCAAAUUAUGCCAGAAACACUGUGGACAACUCUCGAAUCACCACAGGCUCUCGAGUUUCAUCAAACAAGUCUCUAAGGGCCAGGGUGCCGCAGAGAGCGUUGGAAGCAUGGGAGAAGCCGAAUGCCAGAAAGACUCGCCCGGCCUCGGAGCUACUUACGACCUGAUCAACUACAUCUCGGCAGUUGUUCUCAUCAAGCGAAUCACCAAAAUCAAGGUGUUGUUAUUCGACCUGCACGUGAACUCCGUAAUCGCCGUCAGGGCAGCAGAGGCCGUCCUGUCUAAAGUUCGCGAAUCCGGUGGUACGCAGCACAAAGGCGGCGAAAUGGAUGAGGAGGAGGAGUGCGAAGAGUACAUGCGGAUGGUUGAAGCGAAUGAGAAAGAGGGAACCGCGUCGUUUGAGGAAAAACAGGCAGCGGCUCACUGUGUCGAGCAGAACAAGUUUCGGUUUGGGCUGAAUUCAGCUUUGAGGCAUAUAUUGAUGUCCAUGAGAUUCAUUAACCGCUCUGGCCUUCCAGCAACGUCUUUCGAAAUCUGUGCGGUAGCAUAUGAGACUGGAUUCGAAGGUUGCAAGGCGCUUCUUUUCCAAUAUAGAGAUCUUGAGUAUUCGGCAACGUCGGACCUCGAUAAGAUGAACACUGCACAUUCAGCAUUCAAUAUCCUUAAGCAGAUAGUCAUGCAUCUCAAGCAUCAAAACCGCGAGCGGGUGGAAUACACCAACGGCCUGAAGACAACUUUACAAUGGAAAUACUCUGGAGACGAAGACAAUCGGUCGGGCCAGAUCAAUAUCGAUCUCAUAGGCUCCAGCCAAUGUUUACAACUCGACUCCAUGGACGAAGUCAUAACUGUGAUGGUGCCUUUGGUCAUGACUUGCCCGGUAUUCUUGUCGGACUUCACCAGCUUCCGACACGUAAUAGCUCUAACGGGCUUUAUCCAAGAUGACGUCCAGCCGCUCGCAGAAGGAAAGUUCGGGGCCUUUUUCCGUAUGUACACCAGUCAAUUUGACAGUAUGAAGAGACCAGACGUUCUUCAUCUUUCCGAAGCUCUGGAACGUGGCCUUUUCUCUCGAUCCAGGCUAGUGCGAAGCUCACACCCUCCACCAAAAGAACAACAUGAUGCAACGCAUCAACUCAAUGAGCUCAAGAGACUGACAGAGUAUAUGGAUGAGUGGGUCAUCGACGAAACAUGCGUAACGGUGUCAUGCCCAGGAUACGUCUGGGGCGUCAUUUUAACAGCCGUACUGUUUGCAGCAGGUGGCUUGGGAAUCGGCUUCAGCGUCGGCGAACGGAUUAAUGGUGUUGAUCCCUCGAAUCUGGCGACCUACCUUUGGGUUGUAUCUGCUUUUAUCGUCUUGGUCGGUAAGAGCAUGAAGGUAAAAGAGUGGACAUGGAAAGACUUUCUCCGGAGGCGGGUUCGCUGCUGCUCAGUGUCUGAACUACAGUCAGUCACUUGGACAGAUGGGCAGCUUAUCAUCGCUAAACUCUUACACGAUGAACGGCGGGGAAGCGUACUGAACAUCCGCGGCCCUUACAACUCGGCUUUCCUCGAAAGAUCUCCUGAGGGGUUUUCAAUCGAUAAACCUAUCAGCUCGUCAACGCUCUUGAUUAGCGGUUUGACGAUGUUGAAGGUUGUUACGGCAAAAGGGCACGCCUUGGUGUGCCUCGACUUUCGAAGGGGAACAGAUUUGAGAGUCAUUGGCCAUAUCCCAGACCCCCGAAAAGAGCAUCUGAUAUGUGAGCAAAUCGAUAUAUUACAGCCCGAGGUUGGUGCGGCUGCAGAUGGCGCGCAGUCUCAAACCAAAUACGCCUUUUCGCGAUCCCAAGGUUUGAAAUGGAAAAGGGUACAGGGAAUCUACGAGCAGAUGAAUGCCAAGUUUGUAUGAAGGCGGUUGACUUCAACGCCAGCUAACGUAGUCUAGGAUUUCUUAGACUCAGAUAAGUGCUUUGAGUUGAGCAUGAUAGAAUCAAAGUAAAUAGGGCUUGCUCAACAUCCGAGCCUCAAGCAGUUGUUAGCGGUUCAUUUUGAUACUUCAUGAAGCGACCAAGGUCAGCGCCAUUUCUUCGCAGCGGAAAUCCCGUCUAUUCGGGGGAGAGUACAGCAAACUGGGAAGUGGUAUCGAAAAGCUGCAACAAAUUUCAUCAAUCCGACAGGUAGACAGGACCAAUAGUAGUUA